UACAUUUAAUGAAACCCUUAAAUAUAGUUGCCGACGUUUUCUUUUCUUUUUUACUCUUUUUCAUAUCUUUUAUACAUAUAUAUUUAGUGUAUUUUUAUUGCUAGAGAAUUUGCUGCUACAUGGAUGAUUCAAUCGUAAAUUUGAUAGUAUUUGGAGUUAUAUCAUGGACAACAUUAUUUUUAUUAACAAGAAAGUUGUUCCCAAAUCGUUCUUUUGAUUUUUGCAAUCGUUUGCUUUCAACACUUCAGGUGACUUUAAGUUCAAUUUCUGUUCAAGAUUGGAGUUGUCCAGUUUGUCCUUUGUCUUCCAAAUCUUCUCACAAACAGAUGAGGGCAUUGGCAGUGUCAGUAGGCUACCUUAUUUAUGAUUUAGUAUGUUGUCUUUUUGACAAGCAAGUGAAAAUUGAUAACUUAAUUCAUCAUUUGGUGAGUGCUAUUGGACUAGGAGCUGGGCUUGCCUAUGAAUGGUGUGGUUCAGAAAUGGUAGCAGCAUUGUAGGUGACAGAGAUUUCAAGUCCAUUUUUACACAUGAGGGAGAUUCUCAAAGAGCUUGGAUAUAAAGACACUGACCUUAAUCUUGCAGCUGAUUUGUACUGGGAUGAUAGGGGGGCCAUAUCUAACUUAUGUCACUCUUUCGGUUGAUAAUCCAAUCCUCAUUAAGGAGCCCGCCUGAAAAAUAGGGUGAUGAAAUUGAAAGUCAAGCAACAAGGGGAAGAAAUUGAAAGUCAAACAACAAGUUGAAGGAAUUGAAAGUCAAAAGUUCGCCUGAAGAACAGGGUGAUGAAAUUAAAAGCCAAACAACAAGUUGAGGAAACUACCAAUCACGAACCCGCCUGAAAAAUAGGGUGAUAAAGCUUAAGUUAGGAGUCCAAAAGAAGCUGCGUAGAUGGGAUUUUUGUAAUUUCAUUUAUGUUUUAACUCGUAAUUUUCAUUUCUGAUGUAAUGACAGAGUCGUGGACCGGAACCUCGAUGGAACCUCACUCGACUCUCUGACUCGGCAUAGUCCACCUUCUUUCAGUCCUUGGGGAUACUUGUGACUUGAUUCCCUUAUCACUAGGGAUGAGUAUGAUGUCCAAAGUCAAGAGUUGGUUUCCCUUCUUUCUUCUAUUUCAUUCUUUUUGAAUAAUGGUCGGGACAAAAUUUUGUCUCGUUGUCUACUUUUUUGUCUGUAAACACUUCAUGUUUACAUUCAAAGGGUUAUGCUGUAGACACCUAAUUUUGUCCCUCCCAAGUCCAAUUUUAUUCAUUUUUAGUUCACCUUAUCACACAUCCUCAUCCAUGUCAUUAUACCCCACAAAAAUACAGAAAAAAAAACAGCCCUUAACAUAAUCCCUAACCUUAUCCUAACCACCUACCCCAUUACCCCUACCCCCACGUCACCACCCCCUCACGUUCUUUUUGAUUCCUUUUAACCAAAUACACAACAAAGAAAGACUUACUGGGGAUAAUUUCUUUGUAAAUUGAUUUUUUUUCAA